AAAUUCUAAAGAUUCUUGUGCCAAUCUGAAAAGUUCCUGGAAUAAAUUACUUGAGUUUUGAAAGAAAUUUGGAUGUGGACAAUUAUGUGCAACAAGUAUGCUUACAUUUCUACUACAAAAAGAAACCUUGACUCUUGAUUGUGAAUUAUACUUGUGCAACCAUUUGCAAGAUAAAAUGCUUAUUUUUUGUUUCACUAUAACAUUUAGAAUUUUUGUGCUGACAUUUCCAUCUUUUCUAUGUAAAAAUCAGAUAUUUGUCUUCAUUCUGAAACAAAGGUUGCAUCUUUCUUGCAUUGGCAAUCCUACAUCUUCCAACAAGUUGUGUCAUUUGGGUGCCUUGGUGUUGCCAAGAUGUACUAUAGGUUUUCUCAAGCUGAAUGUUGCAUAUGAAUUUUGAUGAACAUUGAUCACCAAUGGCAGUGAAAACUGGUGUGAGGUCUCAAGACUUCUCGCAGCGGUUCUGGUAUACCUUGUCCCGUGCGAUCAGUGAGCUCUGUGUGAUCAUAUUGCUCCAUGUGGCUUCUACAACUUCAUAUGUGGCCAUAAGGUUGGCACACAUCAGUAGGCUAAGGGCUCCAUGCACCAUGUGCUCAAGACUGGACCAAGCCCUCCAUGGCAAGGCAUGGUUCUCCACUGGUUUGGUGUGUGCUGCCCAUAGGUCCGAGAUAUCAUCUUUGGCAUACUGCAAGAGUCACAAAAAUCUUGCACAUUCUGCUGAUCUCUGCAAGAGAUGCCUUGAUGCAUGCACCCUGACAGGCUUUGUCGAUGAGGUUAAUUUUCGAUCAGGAUCGAGGUCUAGACAGUUAUGUUCUUGUUGUUUGGAGCCAUUCAAGAAGGCGUGCAACGCACAUAAGCUUUAUGAAACUGCUGAUGUCAAGGAGCCCUCACAUAAUGUGCAUGGUUCAGACAAAAUCAAGCAGAGGAACCAUGUUGCUGUGGUAGAAAAAAUCAAUCCUGCCAUGCCACCCAAGGUUGUACCUGAACAGGUCUCUAUAGAUCAUUCAAAAGUUAAAGUGGGUAUUGAGGAAGUCAGGGAGUCAGAUGCUUCACCGGGCACAUAUGAACAAUCUACAAAGGAUAAUGGUGCUUCUUCAAAUGCUGGUUUGGCAGCAAAGCCUGCACCUAGUGGGUCAGCCCUGCCUUCGCGCAUUUUCGUCGAUCGCAACAACAGUAUUAAGAACACUUUCGUCGGUAGGGUCAAUCUGCCAUCUCCUCGCCCAUCAGAGAUAAUCUCUGCCCGGGACAACAAUUCUACCACUCAACAAGAAGUGAAGGCACUCCUUACACAGAUGUCCUCUGUAAGGGGCCUUGACUAUUCCUGGACUGAAGGAAUAAGUAGUAUUGAUACCAUGAUUCAGAACGAUGAAAGCAAUGGUACCAGCAGGAGGCCAUACCUCGAGAGAAAUUACUCCGUGUUGGAACCGUCGGAUGCAAACCUUGGCAUUUGUGAAGCUGAAGGAGAGAUCUCACUUGAGAGUUUGAAGCGGCAGAUUGAUAUCAACAAGAAGUCAAUGCUUGUCCUUUAUAAGGAGCUUGAGGAAGAAAGGAGCGCUUCGGCAAUUGCAGCUAGCCAAGCCAUGGCCAUGAUCAACAGAUUGCAUGAGGAAAAGGCUGCUAUGCAGAUGGAAGCACUACAAUAUCUUAGGAUGAUGGAAGAGCAGGCUGACCAUGACCAUGAAGCGAUACAGAAUCUACACGACUUGCUUACAGAGAGGGAGAAAGAAUUACUUGACAUGGAUGCCGAACUAGACAGUUAUCGGAGGCUACUCCAGCAUGACCAAUUUAAUGGGGGGAAUUUUGAUGAUACAGUGGACAAUACACAUGGAUAUGACAAGAAUGUGUCAUUUGAUGUCUUGAAUGCAUCGGAAUUCAUGAUGAGCACCAUGUUAGGUUUCGAAGAAGAAAAGACAUACAUUUUGGAAUCACUAGGUAGAUUGGAGGAAAAGCUUCGCAUUUCUACAUACAAGCUUGCUUUUGAUGAUGCCAAAAACAUUCAAGAGACAUUGCUUGGAGAUCAUAUAGGGGAUGAAUCAACUUCUUUUCAGCAAUCAAUUGAGAAGAAGGAAAAGGAUGAGUGUUCAUGUUCUUCUUUCGACAACGAAAAAAUAUGUGGCAUAAACAAUAUUCAUGAUGAAAUUUCACUCUUGGAUACACGACUGAGGGCCCUUGAAGAUGAUCAUGAGUUUCUCAAGCGGGUACUCAGUUCCCUCAAAGGCGACGGGCUUCAGUGUGUACGAGACAUAAUGAGCCAUUUACAUGAGUUGCGAAGAGUUGCAGCUCAAUGAAGAGAACCUGUUUUGUCUUGACUUGAGAAGUCUACCAACUCUUCUCAGUUCCAUACUUGAAACAUUGACACACUUUGAUCUUGACUUUUCCAGCAGUGCCUCUCGUGUGGAGAUUU